AUGAGCGUUUAUAAUCAUCGUUCAAGUAUAGUUAAUUUAAAUCAAUUAGUAACAAAUAUUCCAGUACGGCGAAAAGCAGCCGAUCAAGUUGAACGAGAUAAAUUUGAAUGGAGUCAGUGGCAAAGUGCUACGAAAGCUAUCAAUAGUGUUGAAACACCAGCUAAAGAGAAACAUGUUCGAAAUCUUAUUCUUGGUACAUUCCGACUUGAAGGUGCUCGUCUUUUUUGGUCGAUGAUGACAAGACUUCAACUUGAGUCGCAUCCAAUUGUUUGCUGGAAGUUUUGCUAUGUUAUGCAUCGACUUUUAAGAGAUGGGCAUAAACAUGUUGUCAAUGAUUCUGUUCAAUUGGCACCUUAUUUCGAACAAUUAGGCAAGUUUUGGAGUGCUCUUCGACAAAGUUAUGGUAUAAUGACUUAUCGUUAUUGUCGUUUAAUGAUAUCAAAAUUAACAUUUCAUGAAAGAAAUCCAGUAUUUUUGGGAAAUUUAUCAAUCGGUGAACAUAAUGAUAUUCGACGUGUAUUUACUGAUAAUUUAGAUGCAUAUUUUCAAUUAUGUAUUGAAUUGCUUGAUUAUAUGGAAGAACUAUUAGGUCUUGUUGAAGCAGUUUUUACGUCACUUGAUCAAUCACGUGCUAAUUCAAUGACAACAGCUGGUCAAUGCCGUCUUCAUCCACUUAUUAUAUGUAUACAAGAUUCAAGUUUACUUUAUGAUUAUAUUGUUAAAGUUCUUUUUAAACUUCACGAUAGUUUACCUGGCGAUACACUUCAAGGACAUAGACAAAGAUUAAUAGAUCAAUUUCGAAGAUUAAAACGUUUUUAUGAGCAAUCAUCAACAUUGCAAUAUUUUAAAGAUUUAAUUAAAGUUCCUGUAUUACCUGAUAGUCCACCAAAUUUUAAAUUAAAAGAUGAUAUUAAAAACUAUCAAACUCCAGUUGCUAUUGUACACACACCACCACCUGAACCAGUGCAAAUUCACGAUGGAGUUCUUAUUGAUACAUCUGAUACAAUGUCAACCUUAAGUUUUCCAAUGAAUGAUGAUUGGCCACCUAAUGGACAUGUAGUUGAUCGGUCAAAAGAAAUAGCUGAUUUGGAACAACGAUUAUUAAAAUGUGAUGCAAUGUUUCGAGAAAAUCGUGCGGAAACUGAUGAAUUACAUCGACUUAUUGCUGCUAAAGAUACAGAAUUAAUUACUGAAAGAAAUCAUCGUUUACAACUUGAAGAACAACUUCGUCAACAAUUAGAUAAUCAACGACGUAUGGAAGAAAUGCAUGCACUUGAAAAAAAAUCGAAUUCCGAUGAAAAAUUUAAUAAAUUACUUGAAGCUUAUAAUAAAUUACGUGAAGAACAUAUUGUUGUUUUACGUCGUGAAGGUGAAAUUAAAAAACAAUUAGCAAAUUUAAAUCAAGAAUAUACACAAUUAAAAACAGCUUAUAAAAAAAUCGAUGAGGAAUUUAAUCAAUUAAAAAUUGAUUAUGAACAAUUAAAAACGAAAAAAGAUGACGAACUUAAUCAAGAAAUAAGUCAAUUACGUCAAACAAAUGAUGAAAUUUUUAUGAAUAUGAAUAAUAUAAAAUCUGAACGAGAUCGAUUCGAAAAGGAAAUCGAAGAUAAUAGAAUAAGAUUGAAUGAUAGUGAUAAUCAACGUCAAAAUCUCGAAAAGACUUUACAUGCAGAGACAGCACGUGCGACAAAUCUAGAACGUACCAUCGAAACACUUACACGAGAGCUUAAUGAAAAGAAGCAAGUUCUACAACAUGAAAUGACAAGUUUCGAAAAUCAAAGCAAAAUACUCGUCGAACACGAAACAAAACAAAAUGAAUUAGAAGCUACAUUAACUCAAAUGUCUAGACUUAUAAAUGAAUAUGAAAAUACAGCGACAAUAAAUAAGAAAAAAAUAGAAGAAUUUCAAUUAACAAAUAAAACAUUGGAAACUACUUUACAGAACAAAACAAAUGAGUUUAAUAAUAUAAUUAACAAUGUUCAACAUGAACUUAAUGAUGUUGAACAAAAAAAUAAAAAUUUACUAACUAUAAUUGAACAGUUAAAAACUGUAAAUUCGACUAAUGAUGCUAAAUUAAUCGAAUCGAAUGGCAUCGUAACAGAAUUGCAACAUACAAAUAAGCAACUUGAAAAACAAUUAGAACAAUCAAAUCGAGAAAAAGAACAGUUUCAAAAAGAUAUGAUCGAGCUAAAAAAACUAAUGGAAACGCGUGAGAGUGAAUUACAAGAAAGAAUAUCGGCAUUAACAAACGAACGUAAUGAUUUUCAAACAGCUACAGUAACAACAACAGAACGUAUUAAACAAAUUGAACAUGCUAAACAAAGUGCAGAAGAUCGAUAUAAAGAAUUAGAAAAUGAAAAAUCAUUAAUUAACAAUACAUUAAAAAAUGAAAAAUCUGAAUUUGAAAAACGAUUAAAUGAAGCCGAAACUGAACGUCGAGAUUUAUUAGAUAAAAAUCGAGAACAUGAAGAAAGUUUAAUGGAUUUAAUUCAUGAAAAAGAAGAACUUGAACAUAAAAUACUUGAUUUAGAAACAGCAGCACGUGAAUGGGCACAAAAAUUUAUUAAUACAACAGAUAAUCAAAAAUUAAUGCAAACAAAUCAUGCAAAUAUGUUAAAUAAUUUAAAACAACAAUACAAAUAUUCAAUUUUAACAUUUUGUAUCAAUCAAAUGCAUGAUGGUAUUGAACGUACGAAAGAUGUUGAAUUAUUAAAUUGUAAGAGUGGUGCUGAGUAUCUUUUAUCGAAACUUCGAAUGGCUGUUACAAGUACAAAAACAACACAAGAUUUAUGGAACAAACAAGUCUCUGGAGAUGAAUCUACAAUGCUACCAUUCUUGAAUGAAUGUAUUGCAUUAGCUAAUUGUAUGGUUGAUAUUGUUGUACAUGGCAAAGCAACAUCUAAUCUUGUACAAGAUAUUGAUCAAGGUGUCAUGUUAGCUGAUAAUUGUCGUGAUGUAACUCUUCUGUGUAUUGAUCUUUAUUCAAAUUAUCAAACACCAUCAACAUCUAUUGAUUACAAUAAACAAUCGAAUGACUUAUUACGUCGUUUUAAUUCACUUAUUGAUAAAACAACAACACUUUUACCUAAAGUAUCUGAUAUAAGUAAAGAAGAAUUAGGUGAUCUUGUUGAAAAAGAACUUCAAUUAACUCAUGAAACAAUUGAUGAAGCUGUUCGACUACUUGAAGCAAUGAUGACGAAAUCUCGUGAACAGGAUACCGGUAUUAAAUGUGAAGUUAAUGGACAAAUACUUGAUUCAUGUGGCAAAUUAAUGCAAACAAUCAAAAUUUUAAUAAUUAAAGCACGAGAUCUUCAAAAAGAAAUUGUUGCACAAGGACGAGGCACCGCAAGUGCUCGUGAAUUUUAUACAAAAAAUCAUAAAUGGACAGAAGGUCUUGUUUCAGCAGCUAAAAAUGUUGGUGUAAAUGCAAAAGUUUUAAUUGACUCAGCUGAUCGUUUAUUGGGUGGUAAUGGUAAAUUUGAAGAAAUUAUUGCUUGUUCACAAGAAAUAGCUGCAGCAACAGCACAACUUGUUGCAGCAUCAAAUGUUAAAGCUGAUCGUGAAUCGAAAAAUCGUGAAGCACUUUCACAAGCAUCCAAAGCAGUUAAUGCAUCAACUGCACAAGUUGUUGCUACAGCUAAAAAUUGUUCUUCGAUUAUUGACGAAAAGAGUACAAUGGACUUUAGUUCAUUGAGUCUUCAUCAAACAAAACGAAAAGAAAUGGAUGCUCAAGUUAAAGUUCUUGAAUUAGAAAAAGCAUUAGAACAAGCUAAACAACAAUUAUAUAAAUUACGAAAGCAACACUAUCAAAUGGCUGGUGAAGAUGCUGGAUGGGAUCGAAGUGUAUGUAAUAUUUUUUUUUGA